AUAAUCUUUGUGUUUGUGUGACAGGGAAUGGAGAUUGUGCAGACUAUGAACAGUGACCCAGGAUUAGCUGUUGGUUACACUGCAUUCAAUGGUGUGGACUUUGAAGGCACAUUCCACGUGAACACUGUGACAGAUGAUGAUUACGCCGGUUUUAUAUUUGGCUACCAGGACAGCUCCAGCUUCUACGUGGUGAUGUGGAAACAGACAGAGCAGACAUACUGGCAGUCUACACCAUUCCGUGCAGUGGCUGAGCCUGGUCUUCAGCUCAAGGCCGUAAAAUCAAAGACUGGCCCAGGGGAGUACCUAAGGAAUGCACUUUGGAAUACUGGCACCACCCAAGACCAGGUAACGCUGCUGUGGAAAGAUCCCCGUGAUGUGGGCUGGAAGGACAAGACCUCCUACAGAUGGCAGCUGGUGCACAGGCCACAAGUUGGCUAUAUCAGAGUCAAAUUGUACGAAGGACCUAAUCUUGUUGCAGAUUCAGGCGUAACAAUUGAUACAACUAUGCGUGGAGGGCGUCUUGGUGUCUUCUGCUUCUCCCAGGAGAAUAUUAUUUGGUCCAACCUGCGCUACAGGUGUAAUGACACAAUUCCUGAUGACUUUGAGCCAUUUCGGAAGUUGCUGCAACUCCAGAUGGGAGGACGCUGAAGAUCUAAGAGGUCCUCAUGCCAGGUGACAUCAGGGGCCCUUGUCAAUCGUUUCCAGAACCAGCGAAUUUGGCCAAAUUUGCAACAUCAAACAAAUGUUUAAAACUCCAGAAAAAUUAAAAAAAAACAAUAAACCUG